UGUGUCGUUUUCACACACACUUCUCCCUCCGUUCAGUGUAGAAGCAUCAGCUUGAGCUCUGAGAGGAUUUCUGUCGUCUUUAACUCUAUUCUCUGGUGGCCUGUAUGAAAAUGAUGGAAACAUUGGUGGCAUUCCUCCUCACUGGAUCUCUGAUACAAGGUGUUUUUUGUGGCUUUAAUAUCAGUCUGCCGAAGAAAGUAGAAGCUCUGAAUGGAUCCUGUGUUUUCAUCCCCUGCACAUUUGAUAUUAAUCAACAACUUGAAAAUUACCUCACUGACAGUGCAAAGAGAAUGUGGUUUAAAGACGGAAGAAGUACAGCUGUGUUUGACUCCAGCAGGCCCAACAAUGGACUGUUAAAAGGAGAAAUAUUUGGCACCGCUACAGAGAAAAACUGCACCACACGCUUCGAUAAUGUUGAUCAGAGUCAUGAUGGCUCAUAUUACUUCAGACUUGAAGCCAAUGGUGUAUUGAAAUAUAACUACAAAGAACCUACAUACUCCCAAGUUCAAAUUACCGUCUUAGGAUCUCCACCCAAACCCACACUGAGCAUCUUUCCGGAUCAGCAGGAGACGACUGAGGGAAGUUCAGUGAGUCUGCGCUGCUCUACUAAGAUCUUCUGUCCGUCUCGUCCACCAUCUCUCACAUGGAGCUCAUCUCUCAUCGAGAGCGUCACAGGACAGCAGUAUCAGAGCCAAACUGAGCUCAUCUCUGAUCUGAACUUCACUGUUUCUCACCGUCAUCACAGAGUCACUUUCAACUGCACUGCAACACACCAGCUACAGCAGCCGAGCACAACACUGCGCUCCCGUAUGCUACGCGUUCAGUAUGCUCCUAAAAACACAUCAGUGAGGAUAAAUCCAGCUGGUUUGAACAAAUGCUUUAUCAAGUUGCCUGCAUCUGAAACUUAUGCCCCAAAAAACACAUCAUUGUCAGCGUUUCCCUCCAGCUCAGUGAUGGAGGGCAAUCCAGUGACUCUGAUCUGCAGCAGUGAUGCAAACCCAGCGGUGAACUACACCUGGUACAGAGACACUGAAAGACCUCUGAAUCCAGUUCAGACUGGAUCAAACCUGACCAUCAAGAACACCGACCCGACACACAGCGGACGAUACUACUGUACAGCUGAGAACAAACAUGGCACACAGAACUCAUCAGUGCUGCUGGACGUCCAGUAUGCCCCAAAAAACACAUCAUUGUCAGCGUUUCCCUCCAGCUCAGUGAUGGAGGGCAAUCCAGUGACUCUGAUCUGCAGCAGUGAUGCAAACCCAGCGGUGAACUACACCUGGUACAGAGACGCUGAAAGACCUCUGAAUCCAGUUCAGACCGGACCAAACCUGACCAUCAACAACACCGAGCCGACACACAGCGGACGAUACUACUGUAGAGCUGAGAACAAACACGGCACUCAGAGGACAUCAGCGCUUCUGGACGUCCAGUAUGCCCCAAAAAACACAUCAUUGUCAGCGUUUCCCUCCAGCUCAGUGAUGGAGGGCGAGCCAGUGACUCUGAUCUGCAGCAGUGAUGCAAACCCAGCGGUGAACUACACCUGGUACAGAGACGCUGAAAGACCUCUGAAUCCAGUUCAGACCGGAUCAAAGCUGACCAUCAACAACACCGACUCAACACACAGUGGACGAUACUACUGUACAGCUGAGAACAAACACGGCACACAGAACUCAUCAGUGCUGCUGGAUGUCCAGUUUGCACCCAAAAUCUCCAGCUCUUGCAGCCGAAGCAGUGUAAUGGCGUGUGUCUGUGAGGCUCAUGGGAAUCCCCGCCCUACACUAGAGUGGCGUCUGUCCGGACAUGUGCUCGCUAACUCUACAGAAACCUCCAUCAGUUUCCAUCAUCCGUCGGUGCUGCUCGGAGCUGCUGUCGGUGCGUCAGUGAUGAUGAUCGUGUGCAUCGUGAUGCUCUGCUAUGAACGAAGAAGGAAAGAAAAACCUUCAGAAUCCAGACAAGACGACAGAUCUGGACUCAUUCUGACAGCCGUUUCUCUGGAUAAUGACAGUGAGUUUGUUUACGCCAAUAAAGGCAUGCGGUCAUCCACGGCACCGAGUGCACCUGAAUCUCUUCAUUAUUCCUCCAUCGACUUCACAAACGCUGACCCGCCGUCAGGAGAGAUCAGGGGCAUCGCCUCGCUGACCAGUGAAUACGCUGCGGUCCGACAGCGUCCUGCAGGAGCCGCAGACGCAGAGAACAACACCUCAACAUCUGAGCCAGAGCCCAAAAAACCAGACAUGACAGCAAAGAUCACGGACACGUCCUCACCGGCAUCAGAAGACGUGAUUUAUGAAAACAUGAGCCAUCGCUACAGACCGAAGGAAGCGCUGGUCAGCGCAGAUGAUGCUGAAAAACAAGACUGA